UGUAAACAAAUGACAACAUGUUUCAAGCAGAUAGUAUGUUUGAGCAUUAUGAUCCUGUAAAAUAUGAUUUUAUACCGUGUGAAUACAGUGAUAAAUUGAGUGGAAAUGUUGUUUUUCUGGAUAGCAUUGAUUCUGUUUUUGAAAAAUCCAUAGAAAUUCUUAAAAAGCAAAAUUCAAUCGGUGUGUCAUUUCAAGGAAACAAUAUUGGGCGCUACCAAGAUUUUAAUUUGAUUUGUAUGUCAACAUCAACCUGUAACUUUAUUUUUGAUAUUUGUUAUUUCGGAAAAGAAGCUUUUGAAAAUGGUAUAAAAGACAUUCUUGAAAGUGUUACUAUUGAGAAAAUAAUUCACGACUGCAGAGAAGCGUCAGAUGCGUUAUUUCAUCGGUAUGAUACAGAAAUGGAAAAUGUUUUCGACACCCAAGUUGCGGACUACAUUGUCCGAAGUCUAAACUCUACUGAGACUGAAACUUCGGACAAUGUUUGCACAUUAGAUGAGUGCAUUGAGCACUAUUUAAAUGUGUCCAAGGAGUUUUUAUUUAAUCGAAAAAAAUACGAGGAAGAGGACAUUGACGAUGCGUACAUUGCUUUGCGCCCUCUGGAUGAAGCUUUAAAAAACUUUUCCAUUAAAAAUACGAUUUAUCUUAGACUUCUAAGACAAGAAUUAUCAAACCUCAUGUAUGGACCUUACAGAUCUGCUGUGCAAUUGUACUUAAAUGCAGUUGCACCAUUACCUGCGGAGGAAGUUGUUUUGCGUGCAGUUGAUGAUGAUGCUCCUCCACCAGAAUUGUUAGGAAUGUUUGAAACCUUUAUUCUUGGCAGUGAAUGAGUUCAUUAACAAAAGACAAGUGAUUACUGUCUGUGAUA